AUGAAGUUGCAAUUUCUGAUCCCAGCUGCCUUCAAUGCCGCUGCUUGGGCCUCAUCUGGAGUAGACGAGGCGACCAAAUUUACUCUUACUUAUGGCUAUCCUCUCAUGCCAUUUGCACACUUUGCCAUUCCCGUUCUCGAAGAAGUCAAAGCCACCAAUCGCUUCCUGCAUAUGAAAGAGUUAGCGACAUCGUCUUUCAAAUCCGUUGUGCGUCCCAAUGUGGAUACUUUGUACUCAUCAGCUGUGCUUGAUAUGUCUCUCCACGAUGUGGUCAUCGAUGUUCCGAUCGUAAAGGGCCGGUACUGGGUGUUUCCUUUCUACGACGCGUACGGCAACAACUACGUCAACCUAGGCAGCGUGACAAACAGCAAAGCCGGCAAAUAUAUCUUACGCUAUGAUGCAGAUGAAGAGUCUGGGUUCCACCUCUGUGGCGAACAAUUUUCUCGUCUGAAGUGCGACAAAGGAGUCCAGGGCAUCAUCAAUGCCCCAACUCCGUACGGCAUUAUCGUAGUCCGGUACGCUGUCACAGAUGCCCCAGGAGACCUACAACAGAUCCACACUCUGCAGAAGCGAACCAUCAUGCAUACCGUCGUGAAGAGUAUAGCCCACAGUAUAACCACCGCUCCGCCUCUGACGAUGGCUAUGCUCAAUUCAUCGCUCUCAUCUGAUCCUGCGACCAAGAUCAUGCAACUGACAGCACGCAUUGCGCCACACAACCCGCCGAGCGAAAGUUCAGACUUGGGACGGGUAGCUUUGAUGCUAAAAAGGGCCGGCAUUCGUCAAGACGGAACCUACGAACAGCCCAGAAGCGUGAAUUUAACUGCUGCAUAUAUCGCCUCGGAGACGGCCAUGUUCAAUGCACCUACCAAGCCUGGCAAUAACCAGGUCCUUAGCAAUGGAUGGAGCGAAAUUUCCGCCGCAGCUCAGGGUGACUAUGGCAAGAAUUAUGAGAUGCGAGCAUAUGUAGCUUACUUCGGCUAUCUUGCCCUGACCGCCGCGCAAGCUUUGUAUCCCAGUCACAGCACGGGUGAGCAUGGUCCAUCGACACUGCACCUAGGCCCAAAGCAAGCCUACAUUUUCACAUUUCCCAGCAAGCCACUAUUGGAGCAGUAUGGGUUCUGGAGUCUGACAGCGUACAACGCGGCGCAAUACUUGGUUCCCAACGCCCUGGACCGGUAUGCGCUCACCGAUCGCUCGAACAUCACCUACGCCGAUGGGUCGCUAGUUUAUGGAGGGCAAACAUCUGCCCGCAAGGACGGCACCUUUGAAUUGCUCGUCCAGCCGGCAGACGUAGCUCCUCCGAGGAACUGGACGUCAAAUUGGCUCCCAGCUCCGAAGGGUGGGGGAGACUUGUCUCUCACUCUGCGGUUUUAUGCCCCGACCAAACAGCUGCACAAUGGUUCAUGGCUUUAUCCCGUGGUGCAUAAGAUAGGUGCGAUUGUGGGAUGA